UACUGACCAUACUGUAACGCGAUAGCGUUAAGGGCCCCGAGUCGCAGAAAAUCCGGCGUCGGCGUCCGGCUUCCAGAGUCGGACGUAGCUUCGGCAGAAAGAAUUUGGAACCAUGCAUAGCCGACCUCCCAGGUCGUCCAUGUGGCGUAAGGAAAUUGCUGAAAUAAGGAAAUUUCUCAAGCUGACAUACGUAGAAAAAUCGUAAAGCUCGACUUACAUACAACCUACAGACGUGAUGGCGUCGGAUUGUAAUUUGAAUAUACGAAAAAGCAUAAUUAUGUUACGCGGGAACUCAAAUAUAAAUCACUUUUAACGUGAUAGCGUUUUCCAGGUGCCUCUUGAGGUCUGUCAUAGCAAGAGCGGCACGGCCCCCUCGGUUCUGCGCACACCAUCCAAAAAAAAAAAAGAACCACGAAGCUCGCCUUCGUGCAAAGCGUUCGCCACCAGCGUUUCCCGGUGAACAUCACGGUUAUGCAUAAGCUGCAGUUGCCGGAAAACGUGAGAAGCACUCGGGGAUCGUUUAAUGCUAUCGCGUUCCCCUCUUAAAGGCGAAGCUGAAGCGUCCUCCCAAUAUUUAUCUCAUGCCGCUGAUUUUUAAGACAAGGAAAACAGAAAUUACAUUUCAACUCGCGCUACCGAUAACCUCGCCAACCAUUCUAUCUUUUGGGGUGAGUUCACUGGGACCAAGCCACAGGGCUGCUUUUCUCACAGUUUACAGUUUUUUUAGAUACACAAAAAGAAUACCUUGCGUAAUUUCUAAAAUUAUAAAGUAAACCCUAUUAAUUGACUUCCAUAUGUUAAAUUAUUUUAUCUCUAAAUUCUUAGCAAUAUUUAUUUCAUUUGUAAAUUACUAGUAUAUCUCUUAACCCCCGCUCUGCCAUGGGAAUUUAGUUUUUUUUUUCUACUUCUAAUAAGCAUACUUGAAACCACCUGCUUCUUGGCCAGUCCCCCGUGGUGGUUAUGCGCCAGUAUUUGAAUACAAGACAAGACGAAAGGUCGAAGGUACCGGGGUUCUGUCGUGGCCAAGGAAAGACGACGACGCAGGAAGCCAGGGUAGGAACGAGUGUCGCUUUAUUCGAGAGUGCCUCUGCUUUUAUCGCAUUGACGGUCCUACGUCAUAGGCAUGUGCUGAACAGAUAACUGAUACCGCGACCGGUUUCCUCCGUUUCACGUCUACACAUCGACCAGCACCUUGUUUUCUUCUUCAACCAGCCCACGGUGAAAUCACCAUUUGGCCUGUGCGCCUGUGUGGAUUAAGUGCGCUUAGCAUUGGGUGCAAGUUAAAGAACCAGAAGUGGUCAAUAUAUAUUCGAAGCCCCCACCCCUUCCCGCUACGGCGCGCCUCAUAAUCAGACGUUGGCUUUGGCAACUAAAACCCCUAUUCCGUGGCAAGGCUGCCGGCAUCAUCGCCAUCAUUCAUCAGCGGGCUCGCGCUACGCAUUCUCGCUCCUGCACAAGCCAGCGGCACGCGCUAUACUACAGCGAAGAUGGAACGCGCUACGCCGGCACUUGUCUGGCUCUGGUUCUCGCCGCUCGUCGUCGUCCUGGGUACGAAGAACUGCAAGCCCCCGUACAACGCUACGCACACCAUGUGCAUGGAGCCGUACCAGAAAUGCACCACGUACUACAGCGAGACGGCGCUUUCGAACGUGACCGUCCUGUGGAUACACAACCACUACCGCAGCUAUGUCGCGCUGGGCCAGCUGGCCAACUUCCCGCCGGCCGCCGACAUGCUCCAGCUGCGCUGGGACGACGACCUGGCCGAAGUGGCCGAUGCCCGUGGACGCCGCUGCGUCGGGAGCGCGGGGAUAUCAUUCACCGACUACUACGAGCAGCGGUGGACGGCCGACUUCCCCCGGGUGGGCCAGAACCUGCUGGCUCAGCGCAGCAAGAACGCGACGCCGGCCGUUACGUGGGAGCACGUGGUGCGGGACUGGUUCCACCAGUUCCCCGACUACCCGACAGACCAAGUUGGCAGCCACCAGAGACCGAAAGGCACCGACGCGUUCAGCCAGGUGGUCUGGGCGCGCACUUACGCCGUCGGGUGCAGCUACACGCGGAGCGAGGUGCCGGCUCUGGCGCCCGAGAGCAAGGUGUUCCUCUACGUCUGCAACUACGGACCCCAGGGCGGCGAGGUCGGCAAGCCGCUCUACCAGGCCGGCGCACCGUGCUCGCGCUGUCCCGAGGACACGGUGUGCGACCCGUCCGCGGGACUCUGCGUGAUGCAGGGGGACAAGCCGGGCGCGGACCCGCCUCCGGUCACGACGGCCUCGUCGCCGAUCUUAAUGGUGCCUCCUCCUCAAGCACGUGACUCUGCUCCCGCGGCGGUCGCCGUAGCGGUCGCUCCUGCGCUCGCCGCAGCCUUAGCGGCCGUCCACAGGUGGCGCCACGGUGCUGCCUGACGGCGACCACCCAAUGCAAUGGCACACGGCGACGAACCUUUUUCUAUAUUUUACCAUUUCUACCAUUUUACCAUUUCUACCGAACUGCAGUGCCAUUCUUGCCAUUCUCGCGACGUGCCUCGCAGGUGCGGCUGGGAGAAAGAGCACCGCUUCGAGUUGCUGGCCGGCGCUACGCAGAAUACUUGGGCGCGUGUGCGAUGUCUAAAACCGCGCACAGGUUCUUCGGAUGUUCUGGCGAAACCGUAGUUCAUUUUUUCUUCGUAUUCUUUAAUAUCGUACGCACAUUACAUACACUUUGUGAUAUUCGAAGUAAUUUUCUUCAUUUCGCGGCGAGCUUUCCCGUUAAUAAUUUUGUAAUUGUAAGUAAACCUUCGUGAUGGGGAAAAAAAGUCUGCGUGCUUUUGUUACUACGCUCCGCCAACUCUUUUGUACAGGCUUUUUGUACGACGAGUGGGGGCUUUUUCACAAGCGCAGCGAUAAAACUGGCACUCUGUGUACGCUCCCAGAUAAUCCAUUCGCAAGACACGGCCGUGCAAACUGCACUGUCGUGUUUGGCUGGAGAAUGGGCUUGCAUCUGUAGCCCCGCCUGUACUACUUUUACAGAUGUACCGGUAGCCAGCUCUGCUCUCUAGGGAACUACGCAGUGAAAUAACAAAUCGAACUUAUAUAUACUCACUGCUACAAAUAUAUGUGUGACUUCAAACGCGUAAUUCCUUCAAUAGAACUGAGUUUUUGACGCCUUCUUUCCCGGACUUUGGCGCGUUGGUUUGUUCGGUUUCUCGCUGGGUAAGAUAACCGUAACUGUGUUAAAAUGCCCCCGAUAGGAAAUUAACUAGGCUGCAGCAAACGCCGUCAAAAUAAAUGACGUCAAGGCUUGCGGGUGCAGGAUCGAUCAUGACGGUGGCGUCGCCAUCCGUCUUUCUUACCUCUCUUCUGGCUCAAAAAGAAAAA